GAACAAACUCUCUCAGCCUUCAGCCUUACUAACCAUCCUCAUCAUCACCUUCUUCUUCAUCAUGCAGAAUCUGAGCGGCGUGCUGAUCUUCCUCUUCGCCACCCUGACCCCGGUCCUCUGCUGUGAUUGGCUCGGAAACUACGGUCACCGUAGCAACAAAUCAAUGAUUCUGCUGAGCCUCAUGGUGGACUCCCAGCUGGUUUUUAUCAGAGACAGUCUGGAGCUGAUUGAAGGUCUCUAUCUCCAUAACGACCACUCCUCCGUUGCCUGGGAUACGAACAGGACGGCUAGCUUCCUUUCGACGCUGAAGAGUCAGAGAAAAGGGAUCAGCAGAUGUCUUUCGACGAAGAGGAGAGCAGACAGCCGACUGAGGAAAUACUACCGGAGACUGGAGACUCUGCUCCACACGGGAGGCAGCAGUGCAUCCUGGGAGAUGAUCCGGGUGGUGACUUACGGGCACCUGCAUCAGCUGGACCUGCUGGUGAACUUCAUGGUGAAACAGCAGAAGCACUGACACCACAGCUC